UUAGGAAGAGGUUGUGAAGGGGGGCGAUGAGAUCAUCCCACGAGGAGGAUAUAAAAGUUUGGGUUUUUGGCUUCGCAAGAGGCCACCACUUUGCUAGUUCCCGGCAGGCCAGCGCAAGGAGCUCUUGCUUAUCAUUUCCACGGACACCACAAAUUGCUCCUCAGCCUUGGGGCGGCACUUAAUUGUGCCCCCACCCCCAUUAUACAGGCAGCUUUUGAUACACACGCACCACAUUUCAGCACCACAGGCUUUUGGUCCUUGCCUGGGGGUCCUGUUAUUAUUCCUGAAAACAGCUCCAUCGUUCUUUCAUCAAGGGGGAUUCCUGCUACCUUGCAUCCUUUGGGUAAUAACUUGUUGCAGAGACCCUUCCCCGGCCGCCUGUUGCCUAGCAACCAAAAGCAGACAUCCACCAUCCAGGAGCCAUGCAAAUCCCGGGGCUGUUUCUGGUAGCGGCUUGGAUCCUGACCCUCUGCCCCCAGGCAUCACCGACAAGCAUGGGGCACCCUUUGCCCGUGCCCCUGAAAGAGAGCCCCCUCUCCCCUCACCCCUCGGGGAGCAACGCCCCAGCGGUGAGCAAAGACAGGACCUCCCCGCCUGAUCCAGUCAAACCUCCUCUGGAUUAUCCUGACUAUCAACAUUACGAUGAUUACGACUACCCUCUGACCUCAGAGCCGCAGACACCCAGCCUCCCUCAGCCGCCCCAUCACCUUUGCGAAUACAACCCCUGCCAGCACCUCCAAGUACCCUGCGCGGAGCUGAGUAGGGCUAGCGGGUGCUUGUGCCCGGGGGUCACCGGCCCGGAUGUGCCCCCUGAGCCGCCCCGCCUGCAGACGGUCCACACGAGUGAGGUGGGAGCGAGCAUGCGCUGGUGUGCGCCUUCCUCCACAGUGCAGGAGUACCGCUUGCGCUAUCAGCUAGUCGGCGGGGACUUCCUCUCCGGCCCGGCCCUCAACAACACUUUCCGCUUGGCGGCUGUCUCAGGGUUGCUGCCAGAUCACGAGUACCUGUUCUGCAUUGUGGCAUCCAACCGGGCCGGAUCCAGCCCCACGGACGAUGGCACCCGGCAGCACGGGCCGUGCCGCCUCGUCCGGACCCCUGCCCACCAAAUGCCCUACGUCUACAUAGCUGCAGGGCUGGCCGCCACCCUCAUCCUUGUGGUCAUCUCUGCCUUGGCCUGGCAUUUCUGCGUCCGCAACAAGAGGAAGCAUCCUCACCGAGGGUCGAUGGACAACAUCCUCGACGCUGAGCCGGGCCUGGAUGGGGCGGCAAACAGCUCUUUCCGCAGUGAGGAGCAACUCUGAGCAGGGUGUUGGCGUCUACUGGCAAGAUGGCAUCUCUGUUGCUUCGGAGUUAGAGGUUCUGCUUCUUUGGGGGAGAGUUUGUUGUUGCCUCCAGGGUGGAAGGAGCAGCGAUUUUGUGUUAUCCAGGCCUUUUUUUCCAGCCGGAACUCAAUUCUGGUACCUCUCAGGUGGGCGCCGUUGCCAUUAUAAGAGAACAAGCGAGGCAUUCGUGGUGAGUUCUGGCACCUCUUUUUCUCAGAAAAAUAGCACUGGUGCCAUCCAUGCUGUCUACACAGAGGUGGCAACUGUUUUCUUCAAAGGCUCUGUCAUUUUCACGGACCUUCGCCCAGCUCUAUUCCUGCUGCCUCUGGGGCAGAAGGGGAGCGAUUCUGAACUUUCAGCGCUGGGGAAUUUGAACUAGUCCACUCCCCUGAUCUUUCGUGGCCUGAGAGAGGGUGCACAGACAGAUCUGACACCUGGACCACCAUUUUGAACUGUGCUCUACCAGGGCUGGACUUGCCAUUAGGCAGAACGAGGCAGCGGAUGCAGACAGUUAAGAAGCAGCAGCAAAAUGUUAGAGGACAGGACCCAAUGUCCUUGGCUGUCGUGAACAACACUGGUCCAUCGUCACCAGUGCUGAAGUAAUGCUCAACGUUGAGUCCAAUCUGAUUCUGUACGUGGAUUGGACGCAGGGCCAGUGAAGGGUGUGGCCUGGGGAGAGGGGGUGUGGCCUGGGGAUACUUCCAAGGGUCAGAGAGAGAGAGAGUUGGGGUGGGGGGGAAUUCAGACUCCGAGCCUGAAGUUCCUCAUUACCAUCCUACAACAUUGUUUCUUCUCCAGCAAAAUGUCUUGGCUCAAUCCUGUACUCUACACACACCCUUUGGGGAGAGGACUGCAAAGAACUUGUGUCAUCGUCACUCUUAACUCCCCAAGUGCCCAGUCAAAGCCCCGUGGACCAGUUCAGUCAGCUCAAGAAGAAGCCAUGUAUUCAGAUCCUGCCAAAUUGUCAUUUCCAAUUCUUUCUUCUUUUGAAAAGGAUGGCUGCUCUUGGGAGGGAUGUGAAGAUGGUCUUUUAAGAUGUUGCAAGAAUCUAUGUUUAUUUAUGUAUUUAUUAUUAGAGGUUUUUAAACUAAUAAAAUAAAAUAACAUUACAGAGGUACAAAAGUUCAGAGAUGCCUACAACUAGCGGUGGGGGAGAAAUUUGAUUCAGUUCACAUUUAUAGGUGAAUCUACCUCUGGGAAGAGACACAGCUCAGUAGACAGAGCUUCCGCUUGGUAGGCAGAAGGUCCCAGGUUCAAUCCCUGGCAUUUCCAGUUAGGAUUGGGAAAAUACUCCUGGUCUGAAAUCCUGGAGAGCUGCUGCCAGUCAGUGUAAGCCAGGGGUUCCCAACAAAAUUUUCUCGAGGACCCCUCAUGGAGCCACUAUUGUGACAAGGACCCCCAUUAAUUCCUAAUCCUAAAAUUAAAAAGUGAGAGCCAAAUUAAGAGUCUUUUUAUAUUUUAUAUUUAUACGUUUUUUACAGUUACAACAGAGUACUCCAUCAGUAUACAGUUAGUUUUAAUUUUCAGUUCUUAAUGAGAUGAGUUAAAUCUGUCCUUUGAGUCCAUUAUUUCUGAAAUAUUAGGUUCCAAACUUGAAACUUUCACUCUGAAAUCCGACCGCAUGUCGAACCGAUUCCUAUAUUUGUUUUUCAUGAAACACAUGGAAGAAAAUGCUUGCUCACACCAAUACGUGGUUGCAAAUGGAAGGAUCUUUUUCAUUGCCUUAUCUCCAAGUUUCUUGUAGUCCUUGCGGCAUACAGCAGAACUACUGCCUCUAUCUAAUUCUAGUUUUGCGCUAGACUCUGCUCAUGCAGGAAGCGGCCAAAACAAAAAAUCUGUUAUCAUACGAAAUAUAUUUAAUAUAUUUUUUAUUCUAAUAGGAUCUUGAGGACCCCUCUGGCAUAGCUCGCGGACCCCUGGGGGUCCCCGGACCACCUGUUGGGAACCACUGGUGUAAGCAAUACUGUGCUAGAUGGGACAUUGGUCUAACUCAGCAUAUGGGAGCUUCCUAUGUUCCUACCUAAUUUGAAACUUUCCCAAAACAAAGCUCAAAAACGGUCCCAUUGUUUGAAAUUUGCACUUCAAGCAGUUCUCCAAGUCAUGUGUAGAAAAAUGCUUAUGCUAGACAAAGCUACUUCUGGCGAACCAGAGCAGCGCACGGAAACACCGUUUACCUUCCCGCCGGAGCUCACCCCAUUGCAGGGAUUCGAACCGCCGACCUUCUGAUCAGCAAGCCCUAGACUCUGUGGUUUAACCCACAGCGCCACCUGGGUCCCUUAUUAGAGGAAAUAGAUUUACACAAAUGCUUAUAUUAGGCACAAUUGCACACCAGCAUGUGUGCAUUAGGAGGAAUUCGACUAAAAUGCUGAUAAAUUUUAAUGAGUGCAAACUGAUAUUGAAAUGGGGAGAACUGAAUUUAAUACAGUAUUAGAAAAAUGAGAAAUGGAUAAAAAACAAAAACAAAAUGGGCAGAUUUGCUCAUUUGAUGCUCACUCCAAGCCAGAUAUUCUCAUAACUGCACAUUGCUGUCGAUUGAUUGUUGCUGGAGGAAUCGGAGUAGAGUUAAAACCUUAAACGUCAUUUCCUGGCGUGCCUUCGUUCCUUAUUAAUCUUUUCUUUCCAGAGAACCUCAGAUGAGUUAUGGCAGCCUUACCUGACCUGCUGCCCAUCCCUUCAGAUGUUUUGGAACUACAACUCCCAUCAGGCAGAGCCAGCCUGGUGAGUUGUAGUCCAAACCAUCUGGAGGGCACCAAGUUGGAGAAUGUGGAGUCAAUUGAAUGUGGUUGACUCUUUCCACACACACACACACACACACACACACACACACACACACACACACGUGUCGUUGCAUCAGGACUAGAGUUUCCGUUGGCGGCUAUCCUUGGCAGAGUUCACAGGCUUUUGGGCUGUGUCCUGGAAAACUCAGUGUUUUCCAGAUGUGAGUUGUUGAAGGAAGGCAUGGGAACGGUGGGAAUUGGGGAGUGCCUGCCUCUUGGCCGAGCUGGGACAACAUGUACCCAUAGGCCUCUGGGAAUAUGGUAGGGUUGAGGAGGUGGGGACUUUCCCUCCCUGAGCAUCUCUUGGAUGCCUGCCUACCUCAAAAAGCAGAUGUGAGAAAGUCUUCCCAGAGUGAGGCCUGUCCUGUCUUGGGUUCUGAGUCAAACCUGGCCCCAUCUGCACCAUGCGUUUAAAGCAGUAUCAUACCACUGUCAUGGCUUCCCCCAAAGAAUCCUGGGAGCUGUGGUUUGUUAAAGGUGCUGAGAGAGUUUAGGAGACCCCUGUUCCUCUCACAGAGCUACAAUUCCCCAAGUGGUUUAACAGUCCAUACCUCUUCCUGGGGAACUCUGGGAAUUGUAGCCCUGUGAGAGGAAUUAGCGGGUAAUAGUUUUGGACCCCACCGGCACCCUGCUUCAUACCACUUUAAAUAGUUAUGUUUUCCCUCAAAUCCUGGGAACUGUCGUUGGUUAAGGGUGCUGAGAGUUGAUAGGAAGCCCCUAAUCCCCCCACCGACCUACAGUUUCUUGGGGAGAUGGAUUAACGGUUAAACUGGAACUGUACAUCUGUGAGGGGAAUAUGGAGCCAAUGGUUUGACUCAGUAUAAGGCAACUUCCUGUGUUCCUUUAGAUGUCUUAAUGCAGACCUCUGUAAAUAAGAAGUAAAUUUGCAUGGAGGCUUAGAUGAGGUUUAAUUUCUUCACACCAUCGUCAGUAAUGCCCUCUUUGACCCGGGCAUUGAAGGUGAUGUAAACAAGGCAACGUGUCUUUGUGAAAUUCCUGCUUCUUGAUGGCUAGGCGGUGUUGGCAGGAAAUGGUUGGCAUGAAAACAUACGUAACAAGUUCCCCUUUGGGUGGAUCAGUCACAUCUGUGUGUGCCGGCACACUCAGGCAGAGCAACGGCUGGCAAAUUGUUGCACAGCACAAUCACAUUCAUUCUUCCACGUUCAUUGUUGGUUUCAACAUCACCUUCAGUCAUAGAAUCAAAGAGUUGGAAGAGACCACAAGGGCCAUCCAAUCCAACCCCCUGCCAAGCAGGAAACACCAUCAAAGCAUUCCUGACAGAUGGCUGUCAAGCCUCUGCUUAAAGACCUCCAAAGAGGGGGACUCCAACACACUCCUUGGCAGCAAAUUCCACUGUCGAACAGCUCUUACUGUCAGGAAGUUCUUCCUAAUGUUUAGGUGGAAUCUUCUUUCAGUGGGGAAAACCUUGUGACUGUGCACACACCACACACUUAGAGCACACACAAACCCCGCACAAAGCACCCUGGGAACUCUAGUUAGUUUUGGGUGUUGGGAAUUGUCGUUCCUGCUCUCAAAGACAGGCCAGACCCACAAGCAGGGUGCCUGUUGUGGAUUGUAAGGUGCAGGCCAGGUUGGUAUGAGCAACCUGACCCCAAACCAGGGCUUUUUUCAGCCAGAACUCAGUUCUGGCACCUCUCAGGUGGUUGCCAUUGCCAUUUUAAGAGAACAAGGGAGGCGUUCAUGGAGAGAUCUGGUGCCUCUUUUUCCAGAAAAAUAGCACUGCCCCAACCCAUUUUGGGCAGGGGUGUAGAACCUUUUUAUUCCUGGAGGCCACAUUCCUUUCUGGGUAAGCUUCCUGGCGGCACAUGCCUGUGGAGGGCAAUGCCAGAGGCAAAAGUGGAUUGGUCAACAAACCUAAAAUAUACCCUUCUACAGUAGGCCGGUUUGUGCACACAUCUCUCCAGUCAGGCAAGGAAGAAGCAUCCCAGUCACGCAAAAACACUUGAGGGUUAUAAGCUUUAAGAAGUAAUUUGGUAGAAAAAGAGACCGUUAAUGGUCAGACUAGUUUCUUUGUGAAGCAAAUAGCCUAGGUCAGGUCUGCUCCUUAUCCACUUUGUAAUGUAAACUGGAGCCACUGUGUUUGGAUCUACUGACUGAAGAGAUGGAAGAUACUUCUGAAAUAAGAGAUGAAAUAAAUAACCUAGCCAGGUCUGUUCAUUAUCCACUUUGUAAUGCAAACUUGGG